UAUUAAUUAAUAAAUAUUAGCAAUAAUUAAAUGUGAAAUAGUUUUUUAAAAGCCUGAAUAGUAGAAAUGUGAUUUUAGUUAAACAAAUUGACACAUUUGUGUUUGAAAGUUCUAUUGUAAAGUUUUUCAGUUACAUGCACGCUUAUUUAUUUUAACCUGAUUUUAUGUACAACUGCAGCACUUGUACACGUACAACACCAGCACUCACAUUCGCAUUCACAACAUUUGGAGGGUGUAUCACCUAGACAAUUUAUACAGUGUAUGGGAAUGGAUUUAAUGGCACCAUUACGUAAUCAUCAUACAAUAAUGCCGCCGCCGCCACAUUCUUAUCUUAAAAAUAAUACAACAAUACAUAAAAAUUAUAAUAAUAAUAACAAUAACAAUAACAAUAAUAAUAAUAAUAAUAAUAAUAAGCAGAAUCAGAAUAGUAGAAACUAUUGGAAUAGUCAAAUAGUACCUGAAGGUGGAGAUUGUGCGCGAUCACCAACACCACGUAGUUGUUAUGAUAGUGAUGAUAGUUGCCGGUCACAACCACAAUCACCAGUACCUGAAAUUAAAGGACUGAAACAAUCACAUGAAGUAUAUGGCACACAACCAGCUUUUUAUCAACAAUCUUCUCUUCAUUCACCUGGCGGUUUUUUUUAUAACAACCAUCACCACAGUAAUAACCGUUCACAAAAUCCAACAUUAUCUCAUAUAAAUAAUUGUACUGUGUAUCAAACUAAACGAAGGAUAAAUAAUAAUAAUAAUAAUCGUAAUAACGUAAAUAGACACAGACGAUCGGUUGUUGGUGGAUUUCAACAAUUAAUUGCCCCAGAUAGAUAUUUAGCGCGUGCAAACGAAGUGGAGGUACGAGGAGAACCUAAUAAUUUAUUAAAUGGAUCAGUUUGGGAUAAUUUAAGUAUGGCAAUAUGGAAAAAAUUCAAAGCGAAUCAACAAACAAUACACACAUAUAAGAAUAAGAUGAAUUUAUGGAAAUCUUUAUAUAUAUUAAUUAAAACACAUUAUCCCCGUUAUGGCCUAUUUUUGGUAGGAUCAACAAUUUCUGGAUUCGGUUCAAAUAGUAGUGAUAUGGAUAUGUGUCUUUUAAUACGACCUACCGAAAUGGAUCAAAGAUGUGAAGCAGUUGUGCAUUUAGAACUAAUACAGACACUUUUAAAACAAUGUGAAUUCAUAUCAAAAGUGGAAUUAAUACAAGCAAAGGUGCCUAUUUUAAAAUUUAGUGAUCGAAAACGUUAUUUAGAAGUAGAUUUAAAUUGUAAUAAUUCCGUGGGUAUUCGUAACACACAUUUAUUACGUUGUUAUGCAAAUAUGGAUUGGCGCGUUCGUCCAUUAGUAUUAAUUGUUAAAUUAUGGGCCAGACAUCAUCAUAUAAACGACGCCAAAAAUAUGACUAUUUCUAGUUAUUCGUUAGCAUUAAUGGUAAUUCACUAUUUACAAUGUGGAGUAACACCUCCGGUCAUACCUUGUUUACAAGGAAUAUAUCAAACAAAAUUUAGUCCACACAUUGAUAUACAUUCAAUAGAUAUGCACGAACAAUUGAUACCAUUUUUGUCUGACAAUAAUCAAACGUUAGGCGAAUUAUUAUUGGGAUUUUUGCAUUAUUAUUCUGUAUUCGAAUACAAUAAUUAUGCAAUAUCUGUACGAUUAGGUACACGUAUGAGCAUUGAAGAAUGUAAACGACAACGUAGUGCUAAAAAUGAUCCACACCAAUGGAAACAUUUAUGUAUUGAGGAACCAUUUGAUUUAACAAAUACAGCACGUUCAGUAUAUGAUUUAGAUAUAUUUGAACAAGUUAAAAUUGUUUUUUUACGAUCAUAUGAACUAUUAAGAGAUACUCGUGAUAUGGAAUCGAUUUUUAAAGAGAGUUUAAUUCCUGCUAGACCUCAAUUACCACAACCACACCAAGAAAUUUAAUAUUAACAAUUCAAGUAACCAAAGUGUGCUCAAAUUCUUAAUGCAUUAUUGUGUGCUGUAUGGGACUACAAGAAAAUAAUAAUAUUUUUAAAUGAAUAGUGAAUGAAAACAUUUAAAUGUGCUAAUUUAUUAACAUUCAAAAGUUAAAUAUUUUGUGAUUCACGUUAAUUAGUUGUUAAAACUCUGUCACAUUUAUAAAACUGUCUGUGAUCUAUAAAAAUCAGCUUUAACUUAAUAGUAUGAUAUAAAAAUCAACGCCAAAAAAAAGACAGAAAAUAUCACAACUCG